AUGUCUUCCAUUACCCCAACUCCAACUUCCCCACUCACCCCACGCGCCAACACACCCUCCAACUACCCCACGCGCCGUCCAUGGGACAACUUCUUCUCCCUCCAAACCUUCACGACCCCUUACUCCAUCGCCGAAGCCACCCACCGCCUGAAGCGCAACCUUAACCAUUUCCGCGUUAACUACACCACCAUUCUCCUCUUCAUUCUCUUCCUCAGCCUUCUCUGGCACCCCCUCUCUCUCAUCGUCUUCCUCGCCAUCUUCGCCGCCUGGUUCUUCCUCUUCUUCUACCGAAACCACCCCGUCGUCAUUCUCCGCUGCACAAUCGACGACCGUAUCCUCCUCGCCGCACUAUCGACGCUCACUGUCGUCGCCCUCGUUUUCACCGGCGUCUGGCUCAAUGUCUUGGUGUCGAUUCUCGUCGGCGCCGCGGUGGUUGUGUUGCAUGCGGCUUUUCGAAGCACUGAGGAUUUGUAUUCAGAUGAAGUUGAUAUCUUCGAUGGAGGAUUGCUUUCGGUUGUUGGUAAUAGCUUCACCGCCAAGCGAACAGGGUACACUAGGAUAUCGUAA